GACAUCUCAUGCACCUAGUGGAUUCCUGGCCAAGUCGGUGGAAAGAGGUAGCCAGGCUCAUUAAUCGAGUCCUCGCCAUAGAUACAGCCUCUGAUACUGGCCGUUGCUGUAGCUACGAUGCCCAAGACCCGUACCUCGCGAGGUAUCAACCUCUUGCAGAACCUGCCUCAAUUGCAAAACCUGAUCAAACGAGACGCCGCCUCCUACCAAGCCGAGUUUCAGAACCAGUACAACCAUUACCUCUCCCUCCUUCGGAUCUUGCAACAGUCUCCUCUCGCUUUCGCCAACUCGACGUCAGGGUACGAUGCUGCUGGAGCUUCGAGCUCGAACGGGGCAGGGCAGGGUAACGGUAGCAACAACAACACGGCCGGACAGUCGUUUCGCGAGCUGGUGACCUUUGUCGCCCAGGUCGCGCAAUGUUACCCGGAAGAGACCAAGACGUUUCCGCAGGACCUGAGCGCUUUGAUUUUGGAGGAUGGUAGGGGAGCUAGGGGAUUGGGAAAUGAUACGAGAAAGACGAUCGUACAAAACUUGGUCAUGUUACGAAACAAGGACGUGAUCUCGUCUAUCGAACUCCUACAGACCCUUUUCCCUCUCCUGCCUAUGACGACCUCGCCAACCCUUCGAUCGUUCAUUCGGAAACAGAUUCUCACGGACAUCAAGACGGCCAACACCCCUUCCAAGAAUCACAAGCUCAACCGGGUCGUCCAGACCCUCUUGUUCGGCAUGGUAGAAAAAGGAAUGGGAGCCGAUAUCGUCGGUAACAAGGGUCGAUUUGCCGCUGGAUCCGCUGCCGCUCAAGCUCAAGCGAAAGGUGGAGAGGCGCUGUGGGCGGUGACCCUGAUCAAAGAGCUCUGGAGGAAGAACAUCUGGAACGACGCCAAGACGGUCUCGAUCGUCGUCAGGGCGUGUCAACAUCCGAACGUCAAGGUGCAAUCAGCCGCUGUGCAUUUCUUCUUGGGUGACGAGGAUGGUGAAGGGGCGCACGAUUCGGACGAGGAUAGUGAUGAUGAAGGGCCGGAUUUGAAGAAAUUGGCGCAUCAGCGGACGAUCAAGAAGAAGACCAAGGCGGAUGGCAGGAGGAUGGAUCGAGCGAGGACGGUCGUCAACAGGAAACGCAAGGAAAAGGCUGCAGGAUUGAACAACAAGGUCAACUUUCCCGCUCUCGAAUUGCUUCACGACGCCCAGAGGUUUGGAGAGGACUUGUACGAAAACAUGCAGAAGCACGACAAGAUGUACACGCUCGAACACAAGAUCACGAUCAUGCAACUCUUGUCCCGUGUCAUGGGCGCGCACAAGCUGUGUGUCCUCGGUUUCUACACCUACAUCAUCAAGUACCUCACCUACCAUCAGCUUCAGGUCACCCAGAUCCUCGUCUCGCUCGCUCAAUCCGUACACGACCUCACCCCUCCGGACGUGCUCGUACCCAUCAUUCACAAGCUCGCCCACGAAUUCGUUCACCCCGGUGUCGGUGCCGAGGUCAUUGCGGCCGGUAUCAACUCGAUCCGAGAGGUCUCGAGACGACAACCCUGGUGUAUGGAGGGCGAGGAAGACUUGUUGAGCGAUCUGAUCGAGUAUAGGAAGAGCAAGGACAAGGGGGUCACCACAGCCGCUCGAGGACUAUUGCAGCUGUUCCGAGAGGUCAAUCCGGGAUUGUUGAAACGACGAGAGCGGGGCAAGGCCGCGACGCUGGGCUUGCUGGACGGGCAAGUCCCUGCGUUCGGUCACGGACAAGAUGCUGCUGACGGGAUCGACGGGUUGGAGCUUUUGGACGAACACUUCGCUCAGUCGCGGGCCGAACAGGGGCUGGAUCCCGAUGCACCUGUGGAUGAGCGGGAGCAAGAAGCCGAGGAUGCGGCGGCUUGGCAAAAGUGGGAAGAGGACGAAGAGGAGGGCGAUAGCGAUUCGGACAGUUCUGGGUGGGAGGUCGUCUCGUCGGAUAGCGACAAUGACAUCUCGUUCAGCGAUAGCGACGACGAUGAGGAGGAAAAGGCAAGGAGGAACGAGAAGCAGCGGGACAAGAAGAACGGCAAGGGCAAGAACAAGGCCAAGGGGGACGAAGACGAGGAGAUGGACGAGGCAGAGGAGGUUGGCGGAGAUGAUUCCAAAUCGGUGGUGUCGGAGGCAGCACCUUCAGUCGCCGGAACCGAAGCCGAGCUCAAAAAGAUGUCUCUGCUCGCCCAACAGAAGAUCUUGACCCCGGCCGAUUUCGCGCUUCUGAACGACCUCCGGAUCAAGGCCGCCACCAAGGCCGUGGAAGCCGGUGGUGGUACCGCCGUCAAACGUAAACUCGCCGCGCUCGAGGCCGAAAAGAAGUCGCGCAACAACGUGACGACCACCCCGGAAGACGCCUUCCUCACGGAAAACGAGAUCUUGGGACCGAGGAAAAAGGCCAAGAUGGACUAUGAGGAACGUAUGGCCCACAUCCAAAAGGGACGGGAGGGUCGAGAGAAAUUCGGAAGCAAGAAGGGCAAGAAGGACAAGGAGGCUCCGAGCAGUUCGACCAACCGGGAAAAGGCGAGGAACAAGCCGAUCAUGAUGGCUGUGCAUUCGAACAAGGUCAUGCAGAAGAAGAAGGCUUCGUUGAGGGACGUUCAGAUGAAACUGCGUGCCGCCGCGGACAAGCAGAAGAAGAGGAAACGCUAGUGGUUUCGGAAGGGGGUUCGGGUGUCUUCGUUGGAUCGUUGCAUAGAGACUGCAUCGCAUGCUCGGUAUAUAUUUAUCGUUGUUUGGCUGGUCACCUGUUGUAUGUACAUGUAUAUACUAUCGUGAUGCGAUGUACUCUC